AUGCGUCGAUCUCAGGUGAGCGAGGCACGACGCCGCCAGGCGCUGGCAGAGCGGCGGUUCCGUGGCCACCGCAUUCGCAGUGGGCUCGACGAGCUUGGUGACCUUGACGCUCCCAAGAAGCGUGUUGAACGCAAAGACAGCACAGCAGCGCUUACGGAGACUGGCGACAGCUCGGUAACCGAGCGGGCUACCACCGAAACAACUCUGAGCAACUGCGCCACCACGGGCAUCCCCAUCCCUGCCCUCUUCUCUACUGUUUUUGGAGAGGACUGGCGUGAGUGGACGGAGGUGAAGCGAGUACUGUUUGACAUGAGCGCCACCGCAGCUGCGAAGCGGAGUGCGUUGGAGGCCAUUCAUAUCUGGCGCCAGCGCGCGCGCAAGGAACGCGAGCUGCCCGCCUACGUGGAGUCAACGGAGGUGCUGCUGGAUGCGAUGCUGCAAGACGAGGAGGACGCGCUGAAAGACGGGCCGCUGCGCAUGUGCUACGGCGCCGCCAUCUCGCGCGUGGUGCAUAUCAUGACUGGCUCCUUUGCGAGCGGCACUGCCGACACGUAUCGGAAGCGCGCCAGUGAGAUCGGCUUCCCUGAGGAGGCAGUGGAGGUGCGCCAGCGUGUGGCGCACGGGGCACUGCCGCUGACGUCGGAGCUGCGGUGGGUUUGCGGCUUGGUGCUGCAGUUCUUGUUCACGCAAUACUGGUUGGAGCAGGAGAGGCAGGUGUACCUCAUGCAACACGCGCAGGCUUCUUCCUCAUCCGCUGCCGGCGGACUCCGUACAACACUACAACGUCAGUCGGUAAGCGCGAGCGCAGCUACACCAGCGACCAAGACGAGUGCACUUGCGGCUUCUCAACUACCGCCAUCGGUCACCGCAGAUGAUAUGAGGGCGCUCCUCCGCGAGCUCGAGAGCGAUGAGGACGGCGAAGGCACCCAGGGCGGUGGUGUGACAGACAGAGGUGACAGGGCCGCAUCGGGUACGUCAUCACCUGCUGGUCCCGCCCAGGUGGGUGAAGGCACCGCCAGGCAAAAUGCCUCCGAUGGCUCUUCUGUCACCAUCGCAGGCUGGCGUCUGUCGUGA